CAAACAUGAUCAUGAUUAACCUGGCCUUUUUUUAUUAGCCUCCACUGAACUGAUGCACUUCGUCGACUCAUCCUUGAUGCGGCAGCUGAGGGUGAAUGACAAAUACCUGCUGCUGGGAUCUCAGACUGCAUGCCAGAAGGUGCAAAUCUUACAACGACAGUUGCCGCAGUUUGGGACCGUCCUCGUGUCUUCUCGCGGCAAUCGCCGUUGAAAGGAGGUUGAAGAUCGUAUAUCUUCAACAUCGUGGCGCGGAGGAGUUGCCAAAGGCCGAAGGACCGCGCGGUCGGCGACUGAUAGUCCGCCCUGGGCGUCGUCCACUUUCCGCCAGGGCCGAGCAUCCCAUGACACGUACGAGGAGCAGGUCUCCAUUGGGUAAAGCAGAAGGAACCCUCGCCGUUUUUUCUCUCUUGAUCACUAUCACUCCUGCCCCGUUGCAUCCGUAGCCAUUUUGGCUCAAGCCGUGUUUUCGUCUCGAAGCGAUCGCCGCGGCAGCGCGCGGCCUCCUACGAGCCAUGGAUUUCGCGAAGGGACAGGCAUGGCUCCUCGCCUACGCGAUGAUCUGCCUGCCUCUGAUGAGCGAGCAGUUCGUGCUCGCCAUGCCUGGGGCCUGUCUGGCGGCCAUGCGCGAGGACGGGGAGCUCGGCCUCUCCGCGGCGCUCGCCGGCGUGCUCGGUUCGUUCGGCACGGCCCUGAACGCGGCCGGGAAGCUCGCCGGCGGCCCGCUCAUCGACAGGUUCGGGGCCAGGCGCUUUCUGCUCGUGUCCAUGCCGCUCAUGGCGCUGGGUGCAGCGGCCUUUGGCGCCGUCCCCAGCCGGCUGGGGCCGCUGGUAGGCUACAUAGUCCUGCAGCUCUGCGCCGCUGGCGGGUGGCUCUCGGCCUGCAAGCUGAUCGAGCAGAACUUUGACCAGGAGCGCUGGGUGGGCUGCUUCUCCCUCCUCGGCGUGGCCUCGCGCCUGGGCGCGGUCGGCUCCAAGCUGGGCCUGGGCCUGCUCCUGAAGGCGCUGCCCUGGAGGCAGGUCGCGCUGCUCACCGCCGCUGCGAUGGCCGCAGGCUCGGUGGCCGCCGCGUGGCUUUUGCCGUCCAGCGGGGAGCACAGGGACGGUGAGCGGGCCACCAACGGGGCGCGCCAGGCCGAGAGGCCGACUGGCCGGCUGCUCGACCGGCUGCCGGUGAUCGCGCUGGACCCAGGCAUGGCGCUCACGAGCUUGGCGGCAGUAUGCCUGUACUCCCAGUGUGGGUCAAUGGACUCGCUGGCGCCGCUGUUGUUGCAGGACACGACCGAGCUCGACGCCGCGGGCGUCAGCAUGGCCUCGGCCGCGUUUCCUGCCGGGCUGGGAGCGGCCCUCUUGGUGGCCGCGCCCGUGUAUGCAAACAUGGGGCUGCGCCGCUGGAAGUUCGCCUUCGAGCUGUCUCUUCAGGCCCUGGGCCUGAUGGGGGCGCUGAUGGCUCUUGCGGCCGUCUGGCAUGCUGGGAUGGCGCCAGGAAUUUUGGCAGUGAAUGUCAGCAUGCCGAUAGUGAUUGUGGUGUGCCUCUUCUUGCUCUCCUUUGGUGGUGGUCUUACGUAUUAUGUUACCCUCAACAUGUAUCCAUUGACAUUCGGCGAGGAUUGCGCGACCGCAAGUGCACUCCUGGAUGUGGUCGGUCUGAUCUCAAGCACAGUCUUCCAAUUGGUCGCAGGAGUUAUAUUUCACAAUCUCCAGGGAGAGGGGGGAAGGCAGAGCUGGACAAUUAUUUUGCUGAUUUUGUCGGCGCUGGUGCUGGUGGCGAUGGUCUGCACCUUGAUACUCUGGCACUGGCCUUCGCUGACGCGGGACCGCGCUGCGUGUGACGACCAGGAGCUGAAGGCGGCCAGCUGCGACACCGAGCAUUCGGAGCCGACCGAGGCGACUGCCCUGUGGAAUCCCGACGAGGGCGCGAAGGAUGCACAGAGGUCCACGAGGUCCAAGAGGCAGGCCACCUCGAGAUCCCGUUCCCGGGGCGGGUGCGCCGCCAGGUAGCUGGGCUGGCUGGCUCUGGCGGCCCGGGGGCGACGACUGCUCGAGACCCAGCCCGCGCCGCGGCGGCCAGAAGUGGCGUGCCGCGGCGCGAGCGGCAUGGGCGGCGGCGGGCGCGCCGCUCGAGACUGCGGGUUUCGGGCCAGCGCGGAGAGGGCGAGCUCUCGGGCGAAGUCGGGGAGCGGCGCCGCCGCUGCACGUGCCCACC